CGAUACAGUUUUGAGCAAAAUCAUAACACUGACGGAGCAAUCGGCGCUGUUAAGCAAAACAAGGUUCGCGCGAAAACAACCAGUAGAGCAAAGAUUACCCGUCAGUCAACAUUGCACUCCACCACGUUUCAAAUAACAAAUAAUUUUAUAAAACCCUAAGCUCACAACAUAAAUACUUAAAUAUUUUCUGUUUUCCAAUUAAAAUGUUAAGUGUAAAUAGUUGAUUACGGGAUGUGAAUAUAUUAUAGGAAAUGCCUCGCCGAAUAUUUUUUGUAUUCGCGAUUUUAUUCGUCGUUACCUUGCAGACGACAGAUUUUCAAGAUAACCUAAUAAAUGGCUACCGGGCUCUGAUUGCGGACAUUCAGGUCCGGACACAAAAGUCCCGGGAGGACAUGGACACACUAGUGUCCCAAAUAAAGUUGCUCAUGAAGAAUGAGGCAGAUAAGGCCAUAAACUACAUGACUGUGUACCUUGAACAAAUAUCUUUGUACUUCCAAGUGAUAAUACACGAUCGUAAGCCUCGGAACGGGACUUAUUGCAAAGAGAGCAUAGUUAAGCUGCUUGGCGAGAAUCUGCAAUUGGCCGACGAAAAUGUCACGUUGUGCCUUGCUCUUGGCUACCAAAGAGUACAAAGAUUACCAGAAAAACUACAAGUCCACUUUGAAACGCUGGAGAAUUUGAAAAAGUAUUCCGCUUCAAAGCUGUUUGAAUGUCAGAAACAGCAGCAAGUUGGCGGAAACUGCUCCCACGAGAGUCAAGAUCUCGAGAGGACCGUUUUUCUGUACGAAACGUCGCCAUUCCCAGUGGUGAUGGCAGAAAUUGCGAUACACGGUUUCAAAGAAGUUUCAGACCUGAGCGUGUGCCUCAAGGACAUCAUCUCUAGGAUGAUGACGCACUCGGUCAAGGUCAUCGGUGACUUCAACAGGUGCAUCCACAACAUAGAGAUGCCGAAACUCAAGUAUUUACUCAAGUUCAUGAAGAAAUAUGCCUGAUUGAGUACAUAGUUACGUGUGAAUGGGUUGUCAAUGUGUGUGUCAUUCUCGAAAAUAUUUUCAAUUUU